AUAAAUAAAUUGACCCUAGCUCUUUGUAUAUCACUUAGAGUUCCAUUAAAUUCAGUUUAUCUUUUUUGUAAAUUUUUUAAUCUAUAUUCGUAUUGGAUUUUUGGAGCUUUUUUGGGGUCAGCUGUUGAGAGCUUCAAAAUAAUAUACUAAUAGUUACCAUAUAGUCUCACAGAGGUACUCUGCAUCGACCAACCGCAUGCAAGAGUCCCCAAAAUAAACAAACCUUUUUGUUUGAUUUUCGUACUUCCUCUUUCACUCUCCUAUCUAUCUUCCUCCGUGCCGGUGAGUUCUUAAUAUCAAUAUAAAAAAGAAUCUUAUAUAACUAAUAACAAGCUUAGUUUCUUUUUGUGGGUCUUAACCCUUUUGCCUUUAUUUCCCCCUCAAGACAAAAAGGAGAGCGACAAACAAUUUCUGUCUUAAUUUUGUUCCUUUCCUUCUUUCUCCCUCUCUUGAUUUAUCAAUCCGUUCUUUCCAUAUAAUUGAUUUUUUUUAACAAUCUCGAGCUGAAAAAUGCCUUUAGGCGCUGUCGUAUACCCGCAAGAUACAUCCGGAUACCUCUCUAAUUGCAAAGAUUUCAUGUUUUACGACUUGUCCUAUCGAGAAGAGGUAGUAGCUCAAGACACGAAGAACAACAUUGAUACGUUAGGCCAAGAACAAAGCUUUGUGGAAAAAAAUGAGGAAGAACGUCAAUGGCGAGACUAUCAUCAUAAGUACCCUUUAAUUCCGUUGUUGGAUGAAAAGCUUGAUCUUCCCGCCACUGAUAUGGAAAAUCAUCCUCCUAUACAACCGAGGAGGAAGAGAAGAAGAACGAGGAGCAACAAGAACAAGGAAGAGAUCGAGAACCAGAGAAUGACUCACAUAGCCGUCGAGAGAAAUCGCCGGAAACAGAUGAAUGAGUACCUCGCCGUACUCCGUUCUCUAAUGCCGUCGUCAUAUGCUCAAAGGGGAGAUCAAGCGUCGAUAGUAGGAGGAGCCAUUAACUACGUAAAGGAGUUAGAGCACAUCUUACAAUCUAUGGAGCCUAGGAGAACCACGACGACGACCCAUGAAGUUGACACAAGCACUAGCUCAUUGAUGAGCCCCUUCUCAGAAUUCUUCACUUACCCUCAAUACUCGACAAAAUCAUCAUCAUCAGCAACGGAAAACUCAUCUUCACCUGCAGAGAUAGAAGUGACGGUGGCGGAAGGCCACGCGAACAUCAAGAUAAUGUCGAAGAAGAAGCCGAGGCAGCUUCUUAAGCUCGUAGAUUCGAUACAGAGCCUAAGGCUAACUCUUCUUCAUCUCAAUGUCACCACUCUCGACGACUCGAUUCUCUACUCCAUCAGCGUCAAGGUCGAAGAAGAGAGCCAACUGAAUACCGUAGACGACAUUGCAACAGCUUUGAAUCAAAUCAUAAGGAGAAUUCAAGAAGAGUAAUAAUUUAAUAUUAAUUUACUUAGUAUUUAAUGUUCCCUGUUCCUUUUAUUUAUCUCGAAUAACUGAACCACAGUCUACAGAUUCAUCUUGUAUAUGUAGUUUUACUGCUUCUCUUUAUUUUAUGCAAGUGUCAUUUGUUUCCUGUAAUGAAUCAGUUGUCGUUGGCCUCUAUUAUAUGCCAUAUAUAUACACACAUAUAUAUAUAAU